CUGUCAAAUAUCACAUUCAUUGAAUUUUCUAAUGAGUCUAAAACGAUCUGUUUUGAUAACCGUUACAUAUAUUUUCACCAACAUAUAUUACCGAUUUUAUUACUUCAUGACUAUUAUUAAAAAAUACACAUAUAUACUCAAGCCACAUCGAGAUUCCCUCCUAGAAUUGCCGACUCAAAAAAUAUCCCAAAUCAACAAUUUAAUAAUUAAAAGUAAUGUAGUAACGAAUCAAUACAACACAAACCUCAGCUUCCCGACGCUCACUCUCUCUGUCCGACCACCUCCACUGUUUAAUAAACUGAAGACACAAUUCUGCAUAUUGUCUCCUUUCGAUUCCACAUCCAUCACCACUUCUCUCUCCUCUCCGCCGGCCACCACCGCCGGCAUUCCCGGAUUCCUCCACAUCAAUGGAGCUUAACACCUUCCACCACUCUUCUUCUUCUUACCUCUUAUUCCUCCUCUCAGUGGUGGUUUUUCUCCCGGCGACGGUGAUUUCAAUCGGCGUAAACUACGGUCAAAUCGGAGAUAACCUCCCUUCACCGGAAGAAGUAGUUCCACUAGUGAAAUCAAUCGGAGCAACCAAAGUGAAGCUCUACGAUGCAAACCCUCAGAUCCUCAAAGCCUUUUCCGGCACCGGCGUCGAGUUCAUCGUCGGACUAGGCAACGAGUAUCUCUCCAAAAUGAAAGACCCUUCCAAAGCCCUAACGUGGAUCAAACAGAACGUGACUCCAUUUUUACCGGCGACGAACAUCACCUGCAUCACAAUCGGAAACGAAAUCCUCGCCUUAAACGACUCUUCCCUCACCGAUAGCCUCCUCCCGGCGAUGCAAGGAGUCCACUCCGCUUUAGUCACCGCCGGACUCUCCGAUCGAAUCGCCGUCACCACCGCGCAUUCUCUCUCCAUCCUCCAGACCUCGUUCCCUCCUUCCGCCGGCGAAUUCCACCCAGAUCUAAUCGAUUGCCUCCAACCGAUCCUCGAAUUCCACCGGAAAACAGAUUCUCCGUUCUUAAUCAACGCUUACCCUUUCUUCGCCUACAAAGGAAACCCUAAAGAGAUCCCUCUCGAUUUCGUCCUCUUUCAGGCGAAUCAAGGAAUCGUAGAUCCGGCCACCGGAUUCCACUACGACAACAUGCUCUUCGCGCAGAUCGACGCCGUUUACUCUGCUUUAGCUGCGGCGGGAUACAAAUCACUCAAGGUCCAGAUAUCGGAAACGGGAUGGCCGUCGAAAGGAGACGAUGACGAGUUCGGAGCCACGCCGGAGAACGCGAAGAAGUAUAACGGGAACCUGAUCAAGCUGAUGAUGGGUAAAAAGACGAAAACGCCCCUAAGACCGAACAACGAUCUUAGCAUCUACGUUUUUGCUCUCUUCAACGAGAACCUGAAACCUGGUCCGACGUCGGAGAGAAAUUACGGGCUGUUUAAACCUGACGGGACUCAGGCUUACUCGCUUGGAUUUACUCUAAACGACGUCGUAAAAGGGGGUAGCGGCGGAGACGGUGGUGGUAAUAGUAGCAGUGGCGGAGGAGGAGGAGGAGGAGGAGGAGGAGGAGGGGGAAAAAUGCCGGUUUCGCCAAUGAUGCCGGCGGCGCCGGAUAGUGCCUCCACCGGUUAUUUGGCGAUUUCGUCAGCUCCGGGGAAAAGAAAAAAGAAUGUGACAAUAUUGUCAAUGAUGGUGAGCAUGUUAGUUGGCAAGGCACUUACUUUGAUUACACGAAACAGAGUUAACUUAUAAAAGAGGUUAAUUAAAGAGAGCAAAAGCUGUUUUGCAUUCUUCGAAAUUCGACAUUCCAUUGGAGAGCUCUUAUCGCGGCAAUUUUUUUUUUUUCUUCUUCUGAUUUAGUAGUUUUUAUGUUAGAAAUUCAUUUUUCACCUUAUGUAGUAUGAGGAUCACACACUCAAUUCACUUCUAUAUUUCCAAUCAAUAAUACUCUUAUAAUCUUAUUAUAUUCGUGAGGAUCACAUUUCGUUGGCGAGGCACUUACUUUGAUUACACGAAACAGAGUUAACUUAUAAAAGAGGUUAAUUAAAGAGAGCAAAAGCUGUUUUGCAUUCUUCAAAAUUCGACAUUCCACUGGAGAGCUCUUAUCGCGGCAAAUUUUUUUUUUUUUUAGUAGCUUUUAUGUUAGAAAUUCAUUUUCACCUUAUGUAGUAUGAGGAUCACACACUCAAUUCACUUCUAUAUUUCC